AUGGAGGCCUUUCCCAAAUGCAACGUCUUUCUGGGCUUCUCUCCGAACCCCACCUCUGUUCAGGCGUUUGCCAUGGGGCGCGAUCCCGCGGAUCCGAGCGCAGAACCGGUCGUGCAAACCGAUUUGAAAGCCGACGAACUCUCAGUCCCUCUAGCGGUCAUCUUUCAGGAGGGAGGGAGAAUCUUCCUGACAAGCUGCAGGAGGUUUAGGAACGGCUCCUGGCAUGCCGCAAUUCUGGAUGCGUCUCAAACUGAACUACAUAAGGGGGAAAAGUGGGGCAUCGGAGCACCGUCAGAAUAG